AUGUCUUCCAUUAAAAUUGAAUCUGUUGUGAAGGACAAGAACAGGAUGGGAGAAUGCCCCGUAUGGGAAGAAAGGCAGAAUUCCCUUGUAUAUGUGGAUAUCAACUCACAAAAAGUUUGCCGCUGGAACUCCAUCACCAAUGAAGUUCAGUGUGUGCCAGUGGAUGCUCGUGUUGGCUCAGUGGCCCUUCGUAAGCAUGGCAGUUAUGUGAUCGCUGUAGGAACCAGGUUUGCUUUCCUGAACUGGGAAGAUCAGACAGUUGAUUCCAUCACAGAACUGGAAUUAGAUAAACCACACAACAGAUUUAAUGAUGGAAAAGUGGACCCAAUGGGGAGAUUUUUUGCAGGUACCAUGGCUGAGGAGACAGCGCCCGGAGUGAGGGCAAGGCACCAAGGUGCUCUGUACACUCUCUUUCCUGAUCGUUGUGUCAUUAAGCAAUUAGAACAGGUGGACAUCUCGAAUGGCCUGGAUUGGUCGCUGGAUCACAGAACCUUCUUCUACAUCGAUAGUCUAGCAUUUGCAGUGUAUGCUUUCAACUACGAUGUGUCCAUGGGCAAAAUUGAUUGUGGCAGCUGCAGGUCUGUGUACAAGCUGGAAAAAGAAGAAGAAAUGCCUGAUGGGAUGUGUGUUGAUGCCGAAGGAAAACUCUGGGUGGCCUGUAUGGAUGGUGGGCGUGUGAUUCGUAUUGACCCUGAAACAGGAAAAAGAAUUCAGACUGUGAAGAUGCCAGCUUCCAGGAUCACAUCUUGCUGCUUUGGAGGAAAAGACUAUUCUGAAAUGUAUGUCACGUCUGCCUGUGAUGGACUGGACAGAGCGGCAUUAGCCAAGGAGCCUCAGGCUGGAGAGGUUUUCAAGAUAACGGGCCUGGGUGUGAAAGGGAUCCCGCAGUACUGCUUUGCUGGUUGAGUGUUCAUUCACAUUAUGGGACAGGUGUGCAAUCCAGCCAGAAGCCAUGCUGCUCAAGAAAAGUAGCCCGACUUGCUAAUAAAUAUAUUAACAGGAAAAC